AUUAAAUAUAGAAUUCGAAAAAGAAACCGAUUUUUAAAUGUUUUAGCUCCUGUGCUUUAUGAUUUGCCGGCCCCAGUAAAUUUAACUAUUAUAUGAAAUUUUGGGUCUUUAUUAGGGGUCUGUCUUAUUAUGCAAAUUUUGACAGGUUUGUUGAUGGCUGUUCAUUAUACUCCACAAGUGGAGCAAGCUUUUGCUAGUGUUGUUCAUAUUAUGCGUGACGUUGAGUUGGGUUGGUUGAUUCGAAGGUUGCAUGCUAAUGGAGCAUCUUUUUUCUUUAUGUGUAUUUAUAUACAUAUUGGUCGAGGUAUUUUUUAUCACUCUUUUUCAAUAAAGCAUACUUGAAUGGUUGGGUGUACAAUUUUAAUUCUUUUAAUGGCAAUUGCUUUUACUGGUUAUGUGUUACCUUGAGGUCAGAUAUCUUUUUGAGGGGCUACUGUUAUUACUAAUUUGUUUAGGGCUAUUCCUUAUGUUGGUCCUGGUCUUGUUGAAUGAUUAUGAGGUGGUUUUUGUGUAGGUGAUGCUACUUUGAAGCGGUUUUUUGUUUUUCAUUUUUUAGGGCCUUUUUUACUAUUAAUUUUGGUAGGAAUUCAUAUUGUGUUUUUACAUGAUACAGGUUCUGGAAAUCCGUUAGGGGUAGAAAGUGAUAUUGAGGCUAUUCCGUUUCAUAGUUAUUAUAUUUUGAAGGAUUUAGUGGGUAUAGUUGUUAUGUUAGGGUGUCUUUUUAUGGUUUGCUUGACUAUGCCAGAUAUUUUCUUGGAUCCGGUAAAUUUUAUACCUGCGGACCCAAUAAGAACUCCUUUGCAUAUUCAACCUGAAUGAUAUUUUCUGUUUGCUUAUUGUAUUUUACGAAGAAUUCCUAAUAAGUUGGGGGGUGUUGUUGCUUUGGGAAUAUCUGUAGUUAUUUUAUAUUUUCUUCCGUUUUACCCAAAGCCUUUGUGUCGGGGAAUUCAAUUUAAUCCAGUGGCGCAGUUUUUGUUUUGGGUGUUUGUAGGAAAUUUUAUUGUUUUAACUUUCAUCGGUAGUUGUCCUAUUGAGCCACCUUUCGAGAUAAUUGGGCAGCUGUGUAGAUUCUUUUAUUUUUUGUUUUUCGUUCUGUAUCCUAUUAGUUGGUUUAUGUGAGAAAAAUUGAUUUAUAGUUUGUAG